AUGACUGCCACGCCAGCCAACACACCCAAGAAGGGUUUCCUCGUCGACUUUAUGAUGGGCGGUGUCGCCGCUGCCGUCUCCAAGACUGCCGCUGCGCCCAUUGAGCGUGUCAAGCUCCUCCUCCAGAACCAGGACGAAAUGGUCAAGUCUGGCCGUCUCUCCACCCCUUACAAGGGCAUUGGGGAUUGUUUCCGCCGUGUCGUCCACGACGAAGGUGUCCGCUCGCUGUGGCGCAGCAACGGCACCAACGUCCUUCGCUACUUCCCUACCCAAGCUCUCAACUUUGCGUUCAAAGACUACUUUAAGCGCGCCUUCAAGUUCAACCGCGAACAGGGCGGCUACGCCAAAGUGUUUGCAGGCAACAUUGCUUCGGGCGGUAUGGCCGGUGUCGCCUCGUCUCUGUUCACCUACUCGCUCGACUAUGCGCGUACGCGUCUUGCCAACGAUGCCCGCGGCACCGUCACCAAGGGCUCCAACGCUGCUGCAGCUCCUCGUCGACAGUUUACCGGCAUGGUGGACGUGUACCGCCAGACACUCGCCACGGACGGCAUUCAAGGCCUGUACCGUGGCUUUGGCAUUUCGUCAGUCGGCAUCUUCAUCUACCGCGGCUUCUACUUUGGUCUCUACGAUACGCUCAAGCUUGCCCUCCCGGCCUCUUCCCGUGACAACUUUCUAGCCCAACUCGCCCUCGGCUGGGGUGUGACCAACGUCGCCUCGUUCCUCUCGUACCCGAUCGACACGGUCCGCCGCCGGAUGAUGAUGACGUCGGGCGAAGCGGUAAAGUACACUUCGUCGAUGGAAUGUAUGCGCCAGAUUGUCGCUGCCGAGGGCGCCAAGAGCCUGUUCAAGGGUGCUGGUGCGAACAUCCUGCGCGCCAUCGCCAGCGCUGGCGUCCUUGCUGGAUAUGACCAGCUUCAGCUCUUCUUCUUUGGAAAAGCUUACAAGGGCGGCUCUGGGUAG